UAUCCUGCCGCUCAGACGAAAAUUAGAAAGCCGUAGGUUGGAUUUAAUACAGGGAGACGACGAUCUCGUGGCGUGGCGAUAAAAGGCGACAGCUUUCGGCGAUCCAGCGCGGGUGACGGCGAAGAUGGCAUUGGAGCUUGAAAUAUUGGGGAUGAACUUUGGCUGCGUUCUUGGGGCACUCAGCGCUGGGAAGUUCCCGGAGAAGGAUUGCCUUCUUCCGCUCCUGUCGAAGGUCAUCGGCUACUGCAUCAUUGCAGCCUCCACCACCGUCAAGGUCCCUCAGAUAAUUAAGAUACUGAAGAACAAUAGCAUCAGAGGACUUAGUGUUGCGGCUUUUGAACUUGAGGUUGUGGGCUACACGAUAGCUCUUUCAUACUGUCUUCAUAACGGUCUCCCUUUUUCUGCAUAUGGGGAGUUAGCAUUUCUUUUAGUUCAAGCUAUAAUUUUAGUUGCCAUCCUCUACUACUAUUCAUCGCCAAUUGGAGUUAAAAUAUGGAUAAGGGCCUUGCUAUAUUGUGCUGUGGCGCCUACAAUAUUGGCAGGUCAAAUAGAUCCUGUUCUGUUUGAAGCUCUAUAUGCUUCUCAGCAUGCUAUAUUUUUUUGUGCUAGAAUUCCUCAAAUAUGGAAGAAUUAUAAAAACCAAAGCACUGGAGAGCUGAGCUUUGUUACAUGUCUUAUGAAUUUUGGUGGAUCUAUUGCCAGAGUUUUUACGAGCAUACAGGAGAAAGCACCAACAAGCGUUCUUUUGGGUUCUUUCCUUGGAAUAUUCACAAAUGGCACCAUCUUGAGCCAGAUGUUUGCUUAUCAGAAGCCCCCAGCAAAGAAGGAGAAGAAAGUGCAGUAAAUCAUUUGUAAGCUUUUAGCUUUUUACUUUGAAUCAUCGAUCUUCUACGAGACUAGUAGGAGGCUUAAUGGUGUUGUUUUAGCUUCUAAUACUCAUUAAAUGUUUUUUUUUUAAUGUUUUCCUUGUUGCUCAUCUGUAUUGUCUUUAUUUUUGUUACUUUACUGGUUCCAACGCUAUUAUUAUUCAUAAAUCUCCACAUCAGUCUACAUUUUGCUCA